UGAAUCUCCAAUUAAUAACUCCUAAGGGAUAAGCCAACUUAAAAUAAUGAAAUUGGCUUGGUCGAAAAUGCUACUAACGUAUCAGCCACUAACUUGGAUCGACAGCACAGCAUGACACGUCAAUCUCUGUAGCAGGGGGCUAUCCCCAGCCACACAUAUGCUACCAGCCGCAUCCCGGCCACACCAAACUCAUACAUUGUUACCUUCAUAAGAUGUAUCGCAGUGGAGUCCCAAUUGUUCUCUUCUUCAGCCUUAUGUCCAUGUCUAUACUGUCUAAUGUCAGCUUAUGAGUUUGAGUCUUUCUGCAAAUUGUUUUGAUUUUUUACUAUGACAGAGCCGAAGCCGCUUGUAUCUCUGAAAGACACUAAUGUCAGUCAACCGCAACUGCUCCAUCAAAUCUCCAACCAUAGCAUUGCCGCCUCUGAAGAUUAUUUCUCCCUCGCCGACACGUCUUCCUCAACCGGCGACCGGGACGGCGCCUUCGAUCCCGAUGCCACCCCGCAACGCACCAUCAUAUACAAUACUCCGCCAUCGCAGUACAUCACUCCAGAAACCAGCGAUGAGAAGAAACGAGCGGCCGCAGCACAGCAAGACCCGCACACGGUGAGGCUUCUGACUACUGGCGACGGACAAGUCCACAAUAUUGUCACCUCCUUUGGAUCACCGCACACUCGAGCGAAUACAAAAGAGGUGAGACGGAAGCCGGCUUUGUCAAGCCACUCGGACGGCUCUCAGACCCAAGAAAGAGGUGGUGCGGACGACCUGAAGGCGCUUGAGGCUGGGCUACCUACCCACCCUGCGUUGGCGGGUGGUAAUAAAGAGAAGGCAAUGGACCCGUACUCGCCUGCAACAACUCCCGGAGUCGACACAAGUCCGUUCAUUCGAUUUGCGAUUGACCAGAUUACCCGCGAUGAAGAAGUCAGCAGGGCAUCACGGCAGUAUCCGGGUUUACCAGGCCAAUCAUCUGGCACACCUGGACGUGCGACUGCAGUGGAUGUGCCAGAAGGGGCUUUCACGCCCAGUGAAGAGUCCUUCCACACUCCACCGCUCGGAGAUGGCCAUGCUGCGGCAUUCGGACACACACGCGCAUCGUCGGAAAUACUGGGACCGAGCCAUCAUUUACCGCCAAAGACCGAACCAAUAUAUCCCGACCCUCCCUCUCCAUAUCAUGGCCCGCACGGCUCCUCCCGGCCAGAAAGUUCUCCGGCGAGACGACUCACAGACAUCUUUGCGCCAUUCCAACCCACACGAGACUCAGCAGAACAUCCACCUCUUCGAUUUAUCCCCUCUAUCCUCCGCCCCAUCUGGCUAAUCUUGUACAUGAUCAUUUUAGUUGGUCUUAUAUUCGUCCUCAUCCUCUCUGCUGUAUAUUCUUUCAGCACUCGCAAGAACCCUGGCAUCCUCGACUACCAAGACUUCGGCGAUUCCCGAUACUUCCUCUUUCGAUAUUUGCCCACCCUCGUUGGCAUGCUUCUCCUCAUUUGGGUCAUGCAGAUCGACAUCGCAUUGACUAGAAUUUCUCCCUUUAUUGCAUUGUCCAGCCCAUCGAGGAAGGCCCGUACAAAAGCCGUCUUCCUCGAUCUAGCGGCCAAACAAUUCCUGAUACCUAGUCGAGCGUUCCGGCAAUUUCGCGCUGGACAGCCAGUGCUUGGCGUCUGUAUGAUUUUGCUGUGGCUCCAGAUUUUUACGAUCCCUCUGCUCGCAUCGAGCUAUAAUGUCAAAUUCUUUGGGCCGGUGGACGGGGGCGUUUGGCGAUGGGUUGCCGCCCAGAUUGUGGUUUGGGUGGUUGUUGGACUAUAUGUUUUACAACUUCUCGCUCUUGUUUUGAUUGCGGCUGGCCUUUGGCCUGCACGCGCAGCUACCGGUCUGCGGUGGGAUCCACGAUCCCUUGCAGAUAUAGCUGCAAUGCUCGAGAGAGCGAAUAUCAUGUCCGAUUAUGCGGACAGCGAAACAUUUGCAACGACCCAAGAAUUCCACAAGCGGUUGUGGAACCGGACUGAUCGCCUGGGUUACUGGUACACAAGCCAGCGCCCAGGUGAUGUUUUCUAUGGAAUUGGAGAGGAAGGAGGACCUACUCGCAGGUAUUCGGUUGAAAGAGGCAGAAUCCUGGAGAAAUCAACUCCGUCGGACAUACCGGCUGGAAGCCAUCGAGACAUCGAAGCUGGAUAUUCGAUCCGCUCCGAUAUUCGCUCUCUCGACAUCCGACGGCGCUAUCUCCCUUGGUUCCUGCGCGACACGUUCGCCGUGGCUUGGUUCGUCAUUGCCUUCGUCCUCCUCAUCGCCUUCUUGGUUGUUAGCUUUGUCAACAACGCCACGAUGAAAGGUUUCCUCCCCAUGCUUCCCGCCCUCGCCGACGAUGCCGGCUUCUCCGCACCUAACUUCCUCUACGCUUUCAUCCCUGCCCUCCUCGGCCUCAUCCUCUUCCUCACCUUCCAGGCCAUCGACCUCCACAUCCGCGCCUUGCAACCCUACGCCUCCCUCUCCUCCUCCAACGGCGCCACGGCCGACCGAUCUCUCCUCGUCGACUACGUCCACCGCUUCCCCCUCUCCGCCACUCUCGCCGCCGCCGCAAACGGGCACGUCCUCCCCGCCUACACCAGCUUCAUAACGCUCCUUAACCUCGCCAUCCCCGUCCUCGCCUCCGGUCUCCUCUGGGCCCAAUUCCAUCCCUCCACCCCUUCCUCCCGCGCCUCCAUCCCUGCCCCCGCCUUCACCUCCACCUCCAUCCCUCCGCAUUCCCUCCUCCCUCGCCAAUCAGCCCUCUCCGGCACCACCCUCAUCUCCGCACACCCACCCGCGCUCUACGCGCUCUGCGCCUUCCUCUCCCUCCACGCACUCCCCUACUUCAUCCUGCUCCUCACGCCCCGCCAUAAAUCCCUCUCCCUCCCCCACCGCUCCAGCUCCCUCGCUGAGACUAUCUCCUGGCUGUACAUGUCGCCGAUGGUUAGCGACGCGGCGUUCGCGCGGUGCGCUAGCAAGGCGGACCUAGUCACGCGGAUGCUGGGCAGGCAGAGGGUGGUGGUGCAGCGGAGCGGGUUCUUGGGGAGCGUGGCGAGCUUGGUGGGCGGUGGGGGUAGAGUUGGGGAGGAGGUGAGGGUGAAGAGUGGGAAGAGUUUGGCGGUGCCGGAACCGAGAGGGGAUGUGGAGAAGGGGGUGGCGGGAGUAGGUGGGCCCGCGAUGUAUGGGUUUGGAGUGUAUUUGGGUAGGGAUGGGAAGGAGCAUUUGGGAGUUGAUCGAGUGAGGAGGGGGGAAGGGAGGGGAGAGAUGGUGUUGUUUGACGAUGUGAAGGUGGUGCAGAAGGGAAAGCGAGUGAGCUGGGUGUUAUAAUAUGAUGUAUUUAGAUAUAUUUGAUGAGCAUUACGAGCGUAUAGAUCUAGCAUGAUAAUGUAAUUAUGAGCAAUCAGUAAUCCAUCCACAUCGCUCAUGAAUCACUACCGCUGCUGGUUCGUGCCGUUCUCCGAAAAUGCUCGAAGCAUCUGAUAUGCUGCGUCUGCCGAUACCUCAGUCCCAUCCCUUGCUGCCAAUACUAG